GGAUGGGUGUGAGAAAGAGAAAAGAGGACACUGUCAACGGUGAGGACACAAGAAACAAGUAUUCUCAACAUUCAGCUGCGCAAUACAAAGUCACCGCUCUGCUAUGCCGCGGUCGUUCCUCGUCAAGAGUAAAAGGUCUCACCUCCUCGGCCCGUCGAAGAAUUCCUACAGAUCACACUCCAGGUCCCGAAUGGAUGCUGAGCAGCCUGUGCAGCAUGUGAUGCGACAGGACAGGAGGCAUCCUGAAGAUGCUGUGCAGCCCUCGUCCCCCACAUUUGGGGUAAAAACCCUUCUGGCUGAAGCUUGCUCACAAUGGAAUGGGGUCCAGUUUAACAGCCCCCGCAAAGAUGAUCCGUGGACUCCAGCAAAAGUCCCUGUGGAGAACAGAGACGCUCCUCUGGCUGUCUCGCCGUGGUCGUCAGACAGACACCAGGCAUCUGACAGAGAGAGGGAACUGGAGAGACUGGUUUUCAUGCUACUCAAUCACACGUCGCACACUGACCUAAAAUCCCCCGUCAGCCAAUGUCCACUCUGUGAAAAGUCUCUCUCAGAAGUCCUACUAUCAGGUGGCCUGCAGGCUCAUGUCUUCAACACGGUCCCUGUCCCACUGACAAGAUCCCCCAUAGCCACAAACAUGCCCCACAUGCCCUUCAGCUUCAGAGCAGUUGGCAGCUACAGUAGAGCGAAGGAGCGUAGCUUUGGCUGCAAGGUGUGCGGAAAGGUGUUCAAGCGCUCGUCCACCCUGUCCACACACCUCCUCAUCCACUCGGACACGAGACCCUACCCCUGCCAGUACUGCGGCAAAAGGUUCCACCAGAAGUCAGACAUGAAGAAACACACUUUCAUACACACAGGUGAGAAACCACACGUGUGCAAAGUGUGCGGUAAAGGAUUCAGCCAAAGCUCCAACCUCAUCACCCACAGCCGAAAGCACAGCAGCUAUCAGCCGUUCAGUUGCCCCCGCUGUCAGCGCACCUUCCAGCGCAGGGUUGACCUACAGCACCACCAAGAGACACAGUGUGGCUAUGGAAACAUGUACACUCAGAACUGAGGCCAUGACGCAGCUGAACAGAGUGAAAUGGGAUUUGUAAAUAAGUUGCAAUCAUAAUAAUAAAUUGUAAAAGUCUGAAAAUAUGCAUAAAGUAAUGACAUUCAUGCUUAAAAAUGUUAAA